AUGUCCUUCGGCGGCUCGCAACCGCGGCAGCCGCACGGCCGCGAGGUGAGCGCCGAGUUCCGGAAGCGCUUCGCGGGCCGCGUCAACCGCACGGGCCGCGACGGCCAGCUCGAGAACUACUCGCGCGUCCGGCCGGGCGCGCGCGGCGCGCAACUCAUAAGGGAGCGCCGGGGCGUCGCGAUCCCGCCGGGCCAGCUCGCGCCGGCGCAGUCGGCGCACGCGGCCUUCGCGCGGCGCGCGUCGCGGACCGGGGCCUACGCGCGAGGAAGUGGAGGCGGCGCCGCCGUCGACAAGCCGCGCCAGCUGUUACCAGAGCCGCCGGCGUCGCCGCCCCGGAACUACGACCCCCUCGAGACGGCGACGUCGACGCUGAAUGUUGAUGAUGAUUACGCCGCGGCCGUGGAUGAUGUUUAUGAGGCCGUCGAACCCUCGAGCGCGAGGCGCCGGAGGACCGUCUCGCCCGUUAAAAGGCGGUCACGAGUCGACGAGGCGCCUCCCCCAAAACGGGGCGACGACCGCAACGAAGAUUUAAUAAGGAAGCCCCGGGACCAGCUCUACUACUCGCGGAAAGCUAGAGCGGUGUCGAAUUUUAAGCCGUACACUUUACAUGAGUACCGCAAGACCAAGCCCACGGAAUACAUCGAAUUCGAGCCCCUGCGGCCGAACCUGAACGAGGACCCGGCGCUCCAGGAGAAGCGCGCCAAGGCGGCCAAGUUGAAAGCCUACUCGAAGGAGCUCGACCGCCUCAAUAAAGUGGCCCUCGCGAAGCAGCCCAAGUACCAGUCGCCGUCGCCGCCGCCGAAGCAGCCCACUCGAUUGGACAAGGCCCGGGUCUACGCGCAGACGAUCCCGGCGCCGCGGCAGAAGAGCCGCGGCGCGGCGGCGGCCGUCGUCGAGGCGGCCGCCGCGCCGGCGCCGGCGCCUGUUUUCGCGGACGACAUGGGGGUCUACGCCUCGGACGACGACGUCGACGACGGCGACCUCUACAAGCCGACGCGCCUGGAGCUCCUCGAGCUGCAGCACGACCAGCGGCGCGCGGCCGCGGCGGAGAUCCGGGGGGCGUAUGGGUUUUAG